CGCGAAGCUUUCUGAACCGACGCGUGACGACGCGGGUUGGAUUUCACGUCGAGUCGUAAAGUUUUUUUUAUUAUUAGAGACUGAUUUUUAUUUUUGGCUGGAAUGGAAGCUGAUUCGACCAUGUGCGGGUAAUCCUCGAAUUUAUCAACAUGUCCAACCAGGCAGAAGGCCGGUCCGGGGUGGCCUCUGCGGGUCACGUGGGGUCGCAGAACAAGAGACCCGUCAUCCUGAUCUAUCCGACAGUGGCUCCCGAGACCGUGGUGGUGCCGAUAAUUUCCUGCAUCCUGGGAUUCCCGCUUCUGGCCCUUCUGGUCAUCUGUUGUCUGCGGAGAAGAGCGAAGUUGGCACGCGAACAAGCUCGCAGGCGCAACUGUGAUAUUGAACACGGUACAUUCUCUAUUGUCAGAUUCAGCCCAAUACACUAUUUAGGGCGUUCCACAAGGGCCGUUUCCCUGAGGUCAGAAAGGGCAAUGAGUAGGGGAUUUCCCUCGCUGGAACUCGACACAGUUGUAGAAGAGCGAUCCGAUCCGGAACCGGAAGCUACCGUAAUUGAAAUGAUGACACCCGACGACGGAGAAUCGGACAGAUAGCAUAAGGUUACAGAUGUGUGCAGUGCAGACAGGUCUCCGCUUUGGACUGCGUUAACGCACGCACACACGCUGGCUAUGGAGGCCAACAGCUGACCCGAGGAUAAUGGAAGUCCCGAGGAGCCAGUCGUACCACAGAUGAUACCUUUGCCCUUCAUUAAGGGCUACUGACCUAGUGACUUCAACUAUAUCAAAUUGAGUUAUUUUGUAUCUGAAGUACACCCUCUGUCCCUAUAGUACAAAGGUUUACGUAUUCUUGUAAAUUAUAAUUGAAUGUUAUGUAGGUACUUAGAGUAGUGGUAAUUUUUAAAAUGUAAUAGCGGGUUCACACUUAGAGCACUUUGUUUACUUAAGUCAAUUGCAUUGAAAUUGUGUGUAAAACUAUACCGGAAUCGGGAAUCCGUUGCUUUUGAAUAUUUAAGCUAGAUUUUCGCUUUGUGGCUCUUGUUUUAGAGUAGGCUGUAUUUCCCAAGACUUGACCCUCAGUGCCAAUCCUAGUUUUUGUAUUUUCAAAAAUAAAGUCUAUAUUGGGAGGUUUCCCUACGAUGUUGUA